CGCGCUUGAGGGGCUGCGGUCCCAUUGACGGUUCCGUCUCCCUGACAGCAGCAUCAGCAUCAGCGGCGGCUGCACAACCAGAAGAGUCCGCCUCGCCCCGCAGCCAGCAGCAGACACAGCCGGGGUCCCCCCCUCUCUGCCCGGCUUGAAGGAAGGAAACGACAUCCCACUCCCGUGUGCCAUCAUACCGACCGACCGCUGGAGAUAUGGACUCCCCGUGAAACGGAGGUGGUGGAGGCGAGAGGCGGGCGGGCGGGCGGCGGGAGGGGGGUGGGGGGCGAAGACAGCGGAGUAGCGAGAGGGAGAAGGAGAGGUUGAAAACCGGGAACUGAAGCGCUACAACCACCGUCACCGCUGCUACUACUACGACCGAAACUAGCACCGAUACAUUGCUGCUCCCGCCGCCGCCCUGGGUGCCCCCCGCCGCCGCCAUGGGAACUCCGCAUCAGUCGCUCCAACCGCCGCUUUGUCCGUGGGCCAUGUCGUGAUCCGUGGGCUCCGCAAGCGGGUUUUCUCUCCGUGAUCCCGACCGAGGCGAGAAGGCGAAAGGGAGGAAGAGGAGGAGGAAAGAGGGGAGGAAGGUGCUGGUGGGAAAGAUGUUCGCCUCGGUGGGGCCUCGGGGCGCCCCGCGCCCACCCGUCGCCCCGGCCAUCCCGGAACCGGACCUGAGCCAUUUGACGGAGGACGAGAGGAAGAUCAUCAUGGCUGUGCUGGCUCGGCAACGGGAGGAGGAGGCGAAGGAGGAUGCCAUGUUAAAAGAAGAGAAGCCUAUCCAAGCAAGAACGGUGAACCUGGUUGGGCAGAAGAAACCUCCGCAACAAAAUGAUGUCCGAGGUAUCCAGCAGCAGUUGUCCAGCUACAGGGAGACAGUGAUCCGGCAGGCCACUGUGGCGGCGGGCUCCACCGUUCACCGGGACGACGCCCCCACCUGCGGCAUCUGCCACAAGACCAAGUUUGCAGACGGCUGCGGGAACUUGUGCUCGUACUGCCAGACCAAGUUCUGCGCUCGCUGCGGGGGGAGAGUGUCGCUGCGGUCCAAAACGCUGUGUCUGAUUCCACUAUAG